AGCAUUAACAAGGCGAUCGCUGCUGCCGUACCAAGAUUGUUGCCUACAGCAGCUGGCGUUGCAGUAGCGAUUUUGAGGCGCACGCACUUGCUGCCACAAUGACCACUCAGUUGUGAAGCGGCUGCAUGAAAAAUACAGUUUGCUAGAUAAAGAUGAUGAGAAACAAGAUGGAACCAAGCGUCAGUCGCAUCAAACACAGCAGUCAUCAACAGCAAUAACAACAUUAAACAGUUCGAGAUUGGACAACUCACCGAUCGAAUGAUGGCUUUCGGAGAAGAGCUGCCGCAACGCGAUAUCAACAAACGCUGGUCACCGAACGAAAUGCUGUUGAACUAGUUUUGCAUACAAUACUCUGCCGGCAACAAGGACGUGACGUUUCUUUCGAUGUUGUGCUUCAUACGUAGCUAUUGUGCUGGUCAAUACGACUGAUUCAAGAAACGUAACGGAGACUAAUGUAACUUAUAUUGGUAAGAGACUGCGGGCAAAUCUUAUCGCGUUAUUAUUGUGAUGAUAUAGGCGCGUCUGAGACCCUUAACAAUCACACUGCGCGUUAAGCGGACCCCAAAGAAGUCGGAACUCACCUAGCUAAGGUUCGUACAGGUGUUCUAAUUCGUCUUUUUUUGUCUUAAAAAAGCUAGAAAUUAGUUCGUGACAUGUAUACGCUGACGAUAUAAGAAAGAACAAAAGAACACAUACAUCGAGACCAGGAGCGAUCUUACGCGUCCCUUAAGAGGAGCAUAAGCUGUUACGGUUCGAUGAGUUGUUUCAACUAUAGCGAAGCGGAAUUGGUUGUUGUUGCCGAAAGUUGAGCAGUAGAUAUUGUGGAAAUGGAUUCUUUCAAUUUUCACAGCAAGUUAUUAUGCUGACAUCGUUUAUCUAUUGCUAACAGAUGCUGCCCGGUCAAACAGAGCUUCUACAACUCCGAACUUACAAUUAUGCUGGAACGAAUGAAUGAGUCAAUUGAUUUAAACUUUAUACAGAUCGAGUGUCGAUCAAAGCAUCUUAGUUGAAGGUAGUCAGACUAAGCAGCAGCGGGGGGUUGCUGCUUGUUUUUACGGCCACAAACUGCCUGAACAGGUUGUUCCAGGGGGUGGGCGGGGAGGUGCUAAGAUUGACCACGUUGUGGCACUGCUUUCGACCUAUAAACUCUUGCGAAAUGCGGUCAAGCAAACACCUAAUGCGUCGUUCUCGUUUGCGGCACCCGAUAAGUUCCAGAUUCUUCAUCUGCAUUGGACAGUCGAGGUGGACCCUAAAUCUCGUCGCCUAAAAUGCGAGGUUCGUUAUAAAAUUCGCAGACUAAUGCAAUCCGCUCACGAACUUGUGCUCGACAGAUUAUAAUAAUGAGUUACUAAUUAUGGGUGAAACUAUUGGAUACAGUGCGGAUCUUCAUGUGGAGAAGGUUCGGUUGAAUCGUUGUAGAAGAACCUAUUUUUAUAAAAGUCCACGUCAUAAGAUUUACGGCGAAGCGCUACGAAUACAGAUACCAAAAGAAGAGACUACCUUCGAAGUCGAUAUCGCCUACAGAACCGGAAACUCGUCAGCCCUUCGUUGGAACCACCGUGAUGAACGAAGUGUAUUCACACUUUCCUUUCCGGUCGCCGCUCGAUCGAUCCUCCCGUGUCAGGACGUUCCCCAGGUAAAGGUUCCCUUCUGUGCGACCCUUCUGACCCCGCGUGGCACCGUAGCUGUGAUGGGAGCUUCUCUUCGAGAAUCUGGCCGUGCGCCAGAUGGUCGCAACAUGUUCCACUUCGAGCAGCCUGUCCCUAUUCCAUUCUUCUUAAUUGCCUUUGCCGUCGGCGACUUCAGCUACGUGCCAGUGUCAAGCUGCGUCGGUGCUUACACAGAGGACGCGCCUGGUGACGCUCGCUUCGUCGCGGCCACCGUCAAGCGGAUUCUGCCGAUUGCCUUUGACUUGCUUGGUCCGUGCAUCUUUAGUAAAUUUGAUGUACUGAUACUUAACGAUUUCCCAUUCAAAGCUCUCGAAAUACCAGGAUUAACGUUUAUAAACGCUAGCCUCGUCGGGUCUGCCGAGCUAGCCGUAGUGCUUGCCCAUGAAGUGGCUCAUAGUUGGUUUGGCAACUCACUUGGCAUCGAAACCUUCCAUCAUCUCUGGAUUACGGAGGGUAUCUGUUCGUAUAUUGAGAGGCGAAUCCUGCUCGAACUUCGCGGUGAAGAAUUUUGGACAAUUGUCCACCGCGACGCGAUUAGCCGGCUCGAGUUUGAAGUACGAAUUCUCGGAGCUAAAAACCCUCGGCUAAAGCUGGUUAAUCCUGACGUCGAAGCAAGCCAGCUUCAUUCGGUGAUACCUUACGAAAAGGGUUAUCUGUUUCUAGUCUACCUUGAGCAAUUGGUAGGGGUUGAAAAGCUUCUCUGUGCAUUAAGGUGCCUGCACUUAAUAUACAAGGAAACCGCGAUUAAUUCAGAGAAAAUUCGUGAAUUUUUUACGCGGCUUUUCGAAGAGAAAAUUGCCGAGGUCAAUUGGGAUGAAUGGCUGUACGAACCGGGUCUGCCACGAAUAGCGAGACUUAACAACAAUUAUAAAAAUAUCAAAUGCCAAGCUAGGACUCACUCGGCAAUUCGAUUGACACCAUCUUGAUUACAUCUGAACAAUCUGGUAGAACUAUACGGAUAAAUCGUAUGGGGAUUGUUCAGAAAACUGAGCCAGGAUACUUCGUAUUUGUGACACACCGAUGCAGGAGUCGUCUCCUUGGUCCUAGAGAUAUUGCCGAUUCUGCAACGAUCCUAUUGCAUUCGAUGGACUGGGUCUAGUUGCGCAUUUUGAAACGUCGUACUAAGCGUCUUUCAGUUUGCCAACCUUAAGCCAAAUACAAAGAACUUUGUUUAAUUCGCCACCGGACUGUCGGACGCAUUUCGUAGUCGUGCAGCUCAAAGACAUCUUUGACCAAAAGAACUAUUCGUUUCCUGGCCGGCCAGUAUUCGAUGGACCAUCUCGUUACGUUAGAAUGUAUCCGGCGAAACAAUGAUGAAGUGAACCGCUUUGAAGCAAAACGGAAAGACUAUUUUUGGCAACUUCAUUGUCUACGGCUCGCUGAUAGGACUCUUCCUUGGUAGACAAUCUGUGAAGUACAAAGAUAGAUCCGAGUAACUCACGAUUGCUGCCUUAAGUCGACAAUUGUAUGACACCCUGUCUUGCGUACCCCUCAGUUGAACCUGUUGAUAGAUCUAGCUUUUACAAAGUUCCUAAAGUAUAGUGAUUUUGCCAGUAUACGUAGUAUAUACGAAAGAUAUUUUUCCCAAGUUUUCACGUAAUUUGAUACAGCUAGCUAUGUUAGACGGGACUAUAUAUGAGCUUAUUUGGAUUUUAUAUUGUCUCAUACUGUCGAUUGGAUACCAUUGAAAUGAUUUAGAAGCUUGUAUUUUUAGCUCCUUCGAUAUUACGGGGACCUGGUGCGAUAAACCUAACAGAACAGAGCGAUCAUAACCUUUACACAUAUGGGUUGUGAAAUCGCUCCGCGUCACGAAGUUUGUUGUCCGGUGUCAUGUGCAUCCCGUGUGAGGCCUUGAUACAUGCGACGACAGCGAUAACAACAGGCUCCUAUGUAAAUUUUCGUGUUUUUCAAUACGUUUGAACGAUCUUCACAGUCAGGGGUAGUCGCAUCUUGUACGAAAAGGGCCAGGCUUUCUGUCACAUGUCUUGUAUGUGACAAGAAUGAAAUAGGAAUCAAUACGUAGCCUAACAUUAUACAGUAGAUAAAUAUUAAGCAUCUGAUAACUCUCAAGUAAAAUGCUUCUCACUUAACAAUAGUUAUUGGUAAUAUGUUUAUUACAUGAACUAUCGUCCUUAUUUGGUUAUUAAAUCGACACGAACACUUUCAUUUUAGCUCAGACCAUACCGAUCAAUCGUUUAUUUACAGACACAAUAAAGCGAUUUAGUGAUAAACAAGAUUGUCUAAUCUGAUUUUAUCCGAUUUUUAACGGUCAUCAACUUGUUUUAAUGGAGCGAAAUAAAGAAGCGAUGUUUUUAUUUUU